CCCACCACAGCGUGCAGAGGCCUCAGCCUGUACCUCCCUGCGCCUAAGGCCCAGCCGCUACUCGCCUUUUCCCACUUUUGUCCCCACUCGCCUCCCUCAACCACCAACCACCAAGAUGCCUAAAGAGACCACGAAGGCCACCAGGCGCAAGGUCGCCAAGGCCGAUGCUAAGGCCCCGAAGUCGAAGGCGAAGAAGGACAAGAAUGCGCCGAAGCGUGCCUUGUCCGCCUACAUGUUCUUCAGCCAGGACUGGCGUGAGCGUGUCAAGGCAGAGAACCCAGAUGCAAGUUUCGGCGAGAUUGGCAAACUCCUCGGUGCGAAGUGGAAAGAGCUCGACGAAUCUGAGAAGAAGCCAUAUAUCGAACAGGCUGCUCGGGACAAGGCACGCGCAGAGCAGGAGAAGGCCGAUUACGAUGGCAAAAAGGUUGACAGUGCAGGCAGCGGCGACGGUGAAGAUGAUGACGAGUAAACGCCCCGAUACCCUUCUACCCUACCCCACGCGCUAGACCCCCGUCUUCGAUUUUCGCCACUCCAGCCCUUGACCCGACUCGCACUUGUCUCUCCUGACUGUGACUUAACCUAAAACGCAACUUGACUCUUCGGUUUCGCCUUCCGUGAUGUGUGUACUAUAUGUAUCGUGUUGGCUCCCGUCCCCCUAGUUCGUUUCGUCGCUCUCCGCUGCUCGGCUAUGUUACAGUCCUUCGAUGUCCACAUGCUGUAUCUCCCGACGUGUAUUGUACUGGACGGUGGCGGCUGCCUCGUUUACAUACCGCGUAUUUAUUCAUGUGUAUAUCAAGCCGUG